AAAUGGCUACCAAAUGUGCGGAUCACAGAGAGUUGUACAAAGCGAGGAGUGCGCGUUGGAAAGAGACAUACAGAACGAAAUGUUUGCAACGACUGAGAGACAAGAGGGAGAGGCUCGUCGCUCAGCAGAGAGAGAUAAGGAUAGAUGAAGUGAGGCGAGUGAUGGACGAAGAAAUGGAAACAAUGGCGAGAGAAGGAGCUGGGAUAGAGGCGAAUGAUCUCGUUGAGUUCAUGGUGGCAGUCGAAGAAGAGUUGAGACGUGAAGUUCGUACAUGUUAUGAUGGUCAUCAUGACCAAGACGUCCAGUUUACAGAAGCAUUACUGGCAGCUCAUGUCACAAAUAGAUCUUCCAGUGCAAUAGCCUGUCCUUUGUGUAAAAGUAGUUUUUUGAAGCAAUGCCAUGGUCUUAUUCAUUGUGACUGUGGUCUAAGAAUCAACACUGACCAAGACUGUAUCAGUCUAGACUAUGUGAGAAUUCAGUUGGAAGAGAGUACAACACGACACGGCUUGCAGUGUACUGGUCAGCCCGCAUUUGCGAUUUGGGAAGUCCCUGAAGUCAGUAUCUCAAAUCUUACAAUGACAUGUGAUAGCUGUGAUUGUCUAGAAAUCAUUGUCUGAGGGUACUGAAUGAGCGACAUGAUGAACAUGAAGUAAAUUGACGGUUAAGUGGACAGUAUAGUAAUAAUAAAUAAUGACCAACUUGUAGUAUUUUUUGAAUUAUUGUCUAAAACAUUUUCAAUGAUUCAAGCAGUGACUUGUCUGAUACUAAUUACGUGUUGCUGUGCAUUCAACAA